AAAGGGCACGCGGCUUCGCUCGCCGCGGACACGCGCACAGCGGCGCGAGGCGUGCGCGCGACGGCUUCGCUCCCCCCCUGAGCAGGAGUGUGGGCGCUUGCGACGCGUUCGUCCAACGCCUAUUGUUCCCUUUUCUUUUGUUUGCGCUCUCAUUGUUAUUGAAGGUGACCAUCGAACAACAAUAUGACUGCGGAUGCCUGCGACGUUGGGCGAGCGCCGGUAUUUCUCGCCGACGCACACGUACACGAGCGGCUGGGAGUGGCUUAUGCGCUUAUUAUUUAUUUCCUUAUUUUUAACAGGAGAUGUGGAGUGGCCACAUCAAAGACGGGGCUGGUUUAUUCAUACUUCAGAGCCAGCCAACAUCAUGUGUCUCGACGUUGAUGAUAGAAACUGAAGUAACAAUGAUGUGUACAUUGUUGUGAGAUUGUCUGCGAGCUGCACAUUGUUCAUCACUUUCGUGGACGGACCCUCACGGCUGUCAGAGGAGGAGUGCAAUUCGGGCAGAACACGAUGGACGAGUGCUCUGAGCUGAGGAUGGAGAACAAUUCCCUGUGGAAGGCCGUGUACAUGGGCCGCCUACGCCUGAGCAGGCUGCUGUUGGAGGGCGGCGCGUACAUCAACGAGAGCAACGAGAAGGGCGAAACUCCGCUCAUGAUGGCCUGCAGGUCGAAACAGAUGGAUUCUCAGAGUGCCAGCAAGCUCAAAAUGGUCAAGUACCUCCUGGAAAACAAGGCGGAUCCCAACAUUCAGGACGUGUCCGGCAAAACGGCUCUGAUGCACGCUUGCAUUACGAGGGCAGGAUCGGACGUGGUCCUGCAGCUGCUGCAGAACAGCGCCGACCCAAGCCUCGAGGAUCAUUCCGGUGCCUCUGCCCUCGUCUACGCCAUCGAUGCCGACGACAAGGAGACUCUGAAAGUCCUGCUGGACGCAUGCAAGGCAAAAGGCAAGGAUGUGAUCAUCAUUACCACCGAUAAAUCCGCGUCGGGCUGCAAGACGACGAAGCAGUACCUGAACGCCCCUCCUUCGCCCAACAUCAGCGAUCGGCAAUCCGAGGUCACCUCGCCGACAAACAUCGAGCUCAAAACCGUUUCAGCACCUUGCGCCACGGGUGGCAACGAGACUGAAAAUAUUUUCGCUUUCAAAUCAAAUGAGUUGGCACCUCUCGCGCCGAAUGACAUCAGUAGGAGAGGAGGCGUCAAGCGCAGCGGUGCCAAGCUGCCUCAGCUGCAGAGACUCAAGUCAGAGCCAUGGGGUUUGGUUGCACCGUCGUGUUCUGGCCAACACAACCUCGCAGCGACACAGCAGGACACCUUGAAGCAUGCCACUGCGGUUGAUGAGAUGGCUUCUGGAAUUAACUCCUUACUGGCAGCCCAGCGGCAUACGCUGUCAAGGCAUCACAGUCUCGAGGUGAACGAGCCGCCCCUUAGAUUUAUCACCGGCGAGCAAGCGUCCUCGUCGAACUGUUCCUCAGCGCAAGCGUCUCGCAAGAUGUUGUAUGAGAAAAAUGCUGGACAGCCUCCGCGUCAUCUGGCGGCGCGAAGGAACACCCUCCCCGUGGAAGAAAUAAGCGAGACCCUUGCAAUGCCUGCUGCGUCAGGUUUGCGUGACAUCAUCGCCCACCGGCUGUUGGGCAAUGACCACUACAACUCGGACACACAACUGCAGGCUGAGCCUGCCAUUAUUGUUCCAGUGGACCUGGGAAAAGCCACACUGGAGCGCAGGAAACACACGGUUAUGUUGUCAAAUUCGAGGGAUUCGUUGGACGGUCUUGCCGGAAACCCGACAAUGAUGUCUCAGCAUCGACACCCAAGCCUUAUAGAACGAAGAGGAUCUGGAACUCUGUUGAUGGAUCACUUUGCUCACACGCGUCCAGGAAUUUUGCCACCAAUCAACACGAACAGCAGCAUGCACAGUAUGUCUGACUUUGCCAGCACAAACAAGACUAACUCUCCCACUGCGAUGGUCAAGCCGAUGGUGCCCACUGUAGCGAGCUCGCCCAACAGCUGCGAUGCAAAACCAAGGAAGAAGAUCAUCAGGCGUCACUCCAUGCAAGUCGAGCAAAUGAGGCAGCUUCUAGCUCGGGAAGAAGAUUGAGGGAUUAGUCGAAUGUACGACGCUGUGCCAGUAUUUGAGUGCUCUGGAAAACGUGUACGUAGAAAGGCACCUCCGGUUAGCACGGUUGGCCACGUAUGGUGCGGAAAAAGUUCAACAUACAAAUGCAUGGUAUCAGACUUUUUUGCGAGAAAAGGGAGAUUAGCGGGUGGAGUUAAGAAAGGGUGGUACCGUGCCAUUGAGAAGAACCCAUGAAUUCUGGAUGUCCUGCCUUAAGAAGUUGAAGAGCACCUAAUAGGCAAUGGCAGAAAUAUAAUAGGCAUUUGUAUCUCCUUAUUCACCGCUGAGUUGCAGAAAUGACACUUGGCUGCAGUUCAUAAUACUUGCACAUUUAAAGCGUAACCAGUAUUUAACGUGCAGUAUAUGCUUAUAUCAGCUCUCAUUUGGCUCUUUGUGGUAAAAUGUAUGAGUAGAUGAAAAAGUGUAACUAUUAUUGUUGGUUUAUCAACACAAGUAAAUUAAUUUUCAAGUGCACUGGCUUCAUAACCAUAUUUAUCACAACACAACUUAGAAAUAAUUAACAGCACGAACACAACGGCUCAAUCUUUAACUAACUAUAGAAUAUGUUGUUUGGUGUUAUAUUUUGAUAUUUAUUGGGAUUAAAUUCGAUUUACAUUUUUUUAAAUGAAUUGUCUAAUUGUAAAUUAUUAUGAAGUAUAUCUCUAUGAUUCUUUAUUGCACAUUGCUUUGCUUACCGUUGCAGAGGUUUCACAUAUUUUGGUUAUGAUUUUGACCAGUACAUAAAAAAAAAUGUAUUUGAUAAACUUUAAUUAGAGUAUGCAGUUGCAUUUACUGUUUACUAAUCAGCCAGUGUCACUGGUUUAUACAUGUUUUAUGUGUGUAGUUAUUUUAUUGAAACAUUAUUUAUUUUAAAAGACGGCAAAAGUAUGGUAUUUUGCGAUAUAGACUAACAUUUCUGAACUGCAUUUCAGGUAUGGCAUUUUGCUUUUGUAUUGUGAUAAUGAUAUUAUGUCCAUCUGCUAAAUUGUGCAAUACUCGUAAAAUGGUUUUGAUGGAGAAUUUUAAUCGCGACCGUAUGUUUAUUAAUUGCCUUAUUUAAUAUUAA